AUGAAGAAAUCAGUAAUCAAGACUGGCUCUGCUAAAGCGCCUCCGGAUACUUCCUCCAGGAAAGGGAAAGAGCAUGUAAUCCUUGAUUUUGAUGGCGAUACUUCUGAUGAUGUUGAUGUGACUGUGAAGAAUAUAGCAAGCAGGUUGAGGAAGAAGAAACACGCAACACCGGUCAAGUCAACUACAAGGACCCCUAAGGACUCCAAAGCUGCUGGCUCUGUAAGGAAAAGCAAAGGCAAGACAACAAGCAAAGGAAAAGGGUUGAAUGUUUCAAACAAGAAGAGGAAGCAUGUCUCUGACCAUGAGUCAGAUCAAGAUGGUGAACCAACCAUGCCUGACAUCUCUACAACUGCAAGGAAGAGGGUUAAGGGUAAACGAGUUCCCCUGAAUGUUGUUGAUGUCCCUUUGGACAAUGUUUCUUUCCACUAUGCAGAUAAUGCUCAGAGAUGGAAGUUUGUCUCCCAUAGACGCAUUGCUAUAGAGAGUGUAACACCCCGAUUUCCAGGUCUUACAGAGAGGGAGUUGAGUGAGGAGGCCUUGGAAUUCAAGGAGAUCAUUGAUCUCCUCAGUAAAGCUGAGUUGAUGAAGACUGUCAAAGGUAUUGGCAGGUGUUAUGAGAAACUUGUGAGGGAGUUUAUUGUCAACAUUCCCUCUGACUGUGAUGAUGCAGGGUCUGCUAAGUUUUACAAGGUUUUUGUAAGGGGAAAGUGUGUGCAUUUUUCUCCACUUGUGAUCAAUGAAUUUCUGGGAAGGUCUACCACAGCUGUUUCUGAGGGGGAGUCUGACCUCAAUGAGAUUGCUAAGGUUAUCUCUGGCAAGCAAGUGAUGCAGUGGCCCAAAAAGGGUUUGUUACCAUCUGGGAAGCUAACUGCCAAGUUUGCUGUGUUGAGCAAAAUUGGUGCUGCAAAUUGGCUGGCAACAAAUCAUACUUCUGGAAUUACUAUCCCUCUGGCCAAGUUAAUCUUCUGGAUAGGUACUGGGGCUACGAUGGAUUUUGGACAACAUGUGUUUGAGCAGACCUUCAAGCAUGCUGGUUCCUAUGCUGUGAAAUUGCCAAUCAUGUUCCCAUGUCUCAUUACUGAGUUGAUUCUUCAGCAACAUCCUAGCAUCUUGCAGGCUGAUGAAGCCCCCAGUAAGAAAGGAUUGCCUCUGGAUUUUGACUAUAGACUGUUUGCUGGGACACAUGUGCCAGACAUUGUGUUAAAUGCUCCCAAGGAUGCUCCUAGUGCUAGUGGAACCAAGGGCGUGACUGCUGAUGAUGAGGGUGCUGAGGCAAACUUGGAUGAGGAGGAUGAUGAUGAGGCACUGUCAGAUGAUGACAAUGUGGAAGAGGAAGGAGAAGAUCCUACUGAUGCUGAUUCAACUUCUGAAAUCACUUAUGAGUAG